CGCGCGUGCCGAAGGGUGAAUCCAGCGGGGGCCAUGGAGGCUCCCAGAAGCGUGGCGCCCUCCCGCUGCCUCGGCCUCCUCUUGGCAUUAGCGGCGCUGGCUGCCCCCGGCGGAGCUCAGCUCUGGUGGCCUUUUGGCGACUCCGAGGACACUACGGUGGCCACGACCGCCCGCGAGGUGGAAUCUGAGGUCACGCUACCCAUGGAGAAGAUGGUCCCGAGCACACCUUCACUUGACACGUUUACAGAGGAGGUGGCCACACCUGAAAGUACAGCAGACCCGGCCAUCUUAGCAGCUGACAGCAAGGAAGAGCUUCCUGACACUCCCUUUCCCUUUUCGAUGAGCAUUGAGGGCAGUGCUGAGGAAGAAGAGCUUGAAUUCCUGCAGACCCAGAGGACCUCAACAAAACUCUCAACUCCAUCAGCUCGCCAACCCUCCCCAAUGGCAGAAGAGGAGACCUCAAGACUCUUGACACCUUCAGUUCACCAGCCCCUGGGCAGGGAGGACUCCUUGGCAAAGCAGAUGAAUAAUGUUUCACAGUGUGUUUGUCCAGCGAUACCUGGCCCUCGUGGUCCAAAGGGAGACAAAGGUGACCAAGGACCCCCAGGGCAAAGAGGACUACCUGGAGAAACUGGAAAGCUUGGCCAUCCUGGGCCUUCUGGACCUUCUGGGCUGCCAGGGCCUCCAGGGCCACCUGGGCCACCUGGACCUCCAGGACAUCCAGGCCUGUCCAAUCCAGGUACUAGUGCCGAAGAUGGAAGUGAGGUCUCUGAAAAGGGAUUCUCCACUAUUGAAGGACCUCCUGGACCUCCAGGCCCGCCCGGCCACCCAGGCCCAGCUGGACCGCAAGGAUACCCAGGACCUGAAGGCCCCCAGGGCUCCCCUGGCCACCCAGGGCACGAUGGUCCACAAGGUGCCCCGGGCCUCCCUGGUACACCAGGUCAGCCUGGCCCGCCAGGGUCCCCAGGUAUUCCAGGGCCAGCAGGGGCAGAGGGCUCUCCAGGAGCCAUGGGCCCCAAAGGACAUCCAGGCAUGGCGGGCCCCGAGGGACCACCAGGACCUCCCGGCUUUCCUGGGCAGGAAGGUCCUCCAGGACGAGAUGCGCAUCCAGGCAUGAAUGGGCCAAAGGGUGAAAAAGGCGACACUGGCCUAAAAGGAGCCCAAGGGAUACCAGGACCGAUUGGAGAAAGGGGGCCUCCUGGUCCCCCUGGCCCAAUGGGCCACCCUGGCCGACAUGCUGAGCACCAGUGCAACCCUCAGGCAGGACUGGCUGGGCCUCCAGGUCCUAAGGGUGAAAAGGGGGACCGAGGAGAGCUGGAUUGUCGCAGGUGCUGUGAAGAAAUAAGGAGGCGGUACCCAGCUAUUCCUGACUCAUCAGAUGCUUGGAUGCCUUUUACAUACCAUGAGAAUGGCAAAGGAAACACAGAUAUGUACGGAGCAAUUGUCAAUCAUGGUCUUCCUGGCCCCCCAGGAAGUCCUGGCUUGCCUGGGCCCCCAGGCCCUCCUGGACCACCAGGGGUUCUUUACCUCAACAGAGUGUUCUCUGUCCGACCCAGGCCACACUGCAAACAGCCGGUGCACCAGGACCCAUAUAUGGAUGCAGAUUUAGAGCUGCCUCUGAAGGAUUCUUUCAGUGGAAACAUGUAUGGUUCCAAGCGUUCUUCCUGGAUCUUCAAGUCGAAAGAGCUGAUGUUCAAAUCCGCCUCCUCCAUUCCUGAGGGCAGCUUGGUCUAUGCCAGGGAAGAGAAUGAAGCUUUCUUCCGGACCCCCAAGGGAUGGAGCAAACUCCUGCUGGAGGAUUCCCAGACUUUAUUUCUUGGUGAUGACCCUUGGGUGUCUACAGAGAAAACUCAGAUCCAAAAGGAUGAAAGCCAAGUACCAACUCAGACUCCAUCAAUUAGCAGCUCCCAAAGGAUUCCUUCGCUCCGCCUAGUGGCACUCAAUGUCCCCCUUACUGGUAGCCUGAAUGGGAUUGGCGGUGCUGACUUGCUGUGCUAUCAACAGUCACAGGAGGCAAAGCUGUCUGGAACUUUCCGGGCGUUCCUGUCCUCAGCCACUCAAAGCCUUGUCUCGAUUGUGAAGAGGACGGACAGGGGUCUGCCUAUUGUCAACCUUAAGGGCCAACUUUUAGCAAAAAGCUGGAAUACCCUCUUCAGUAGAGAUGGCACUUCUGAUUUCAACACUAUGAAGUUCCCUAUCUACACAUUCAAUGGGCUUAAUGUCAUGACAGAUCCUGCAUGGACCUAUAAGACUGUCUGGCAUGGUGUGAAGCAUCAGGAUGGCCUGUCCCAAAGUCAAAACUGUCGAGGUUGGCGAACAGCAUCUGGCCAGUCAGAAGGCCUCGCCUCACCACCAGCAAGGGGCAGGUUCCUCAGAGGAGACACACAGAGCUGCUCAAAUUCCCUGAUUGUUCUCUGUGUAGAAAACAGCUUCUGAUGUGUGCAUAUACAGUGAGCACAGCACCGGAUCAGCAAGGAAGACUAGCAGGAUCUAGUUGCUGCCAAGACUGGAAUGGGAAGACUGAAAGAGGAUCAUGCACUAGGACACUGAGGUGGAAAGCACAGAUACGCAUCUCUCCACGCCACCAUUGGGGGAACGGGGGAGUUUGUGAGAAAACUCACAAACUCACAUUCAUUGCAUACGGCAUGGCAAAUUGUCAAUGUGUGCUGUUGUGCAGAAACAGUGCCUCUUUGCAACCAGGUGCAAAUAAUGUUGGUGCUUAUUCUUGAGCACAUAGGCUGACCGGCUCCUGUAAGGAGAUGUGCUUGCACUCUCAUGUGCACUAAUCUUCACUUGGCCAAAAGGUGACAGAAGGCUGCUGUGGGCACAGAAAUGUAUGGGAGACUUUAAGUGUCCUUUUGAUACACAAUUCUUGCACAGGGAACCCAAAUUCGGCAGAGAAUAGAGCACCCGGGUUGCUGGCACACUUUUACUUUUUGGAAAUCAUAGAGGUGUUACCCCUGCAACUGGAAAGUAACAGUUGUGGGUGAGCUAGUGCAAACCAUUGCACUGCUGAUGUGACAAAGCAGAUCUACAUAGCAUCCCACUGAAAAGAGCCAAGGAAAAAAGUUCUUCAACUACCCAUCUAGGCAGCUCUUUCCAUUCAUACUCUAUGCUUGUAAGGGUUGAACAACACUGUUACAUGUAAUCCAUAGAUGGUUUUCUCCAAGGGCAGUCUUUUGUAGCUCAGUCCAACUGUCAGCGCUGCAGACUAAGCAAGAGAUCGCAGGAUGUAUUCAAAGCUUUUUUUUUGUCUGUUAUUUGUGAAAGAUACAGGGUAUCUCUGUGUCUUUUCUUCCAUGGAUAGAAAAUCCCCUUAGCGGUGACAGUGGUGAUUUUGUGUGAACAAAUGGUUGUCAAGUCUGUAGCCACCAUCAGCGCUUUGUUUCAAAAGCUUUAUUUUAUAGUACAGGCACAAGGCUAAACACUCCCCUUUCUGGCCACCGUUUAUCCCUAUCCCUUCGUUUGUGGAUCCAAACUAAGUCCACAGUCAUAUACAUAUCUGACAGUGAGCAUCAUGGAACGCAACAGGACUUACUUCUGAGCAGACAUGCCUAGGAUUGCUGUAUAAAAAUCACGUGAAGGUCCCACUGAAAUCAAUGUGAAAAUUAGACACGAUUAACUUAAAUGCCAUCUGUUUCUGUGAGAACAUACAAUCAAGGUAUAAUCCUAUACAUGUUUAGACAGAAAAAAAAAAAGAUGUACAGCUCACAGCAUACUACAGCCACUAUAGCUUGCUGGUGUGUGUUUGGAGCUGGAGGCCUUUUUCCUGAUGAAACUUGCAUAGUCUUUAGUCUGGAUCCAACCAAAUACAGAUAUAUAAUAUCACAACUAUGCAUUAUCCAUCGUUCCAAUGUUAAUUUCUUAAUUUUGAACUCUGCCUCAUGUAGAAAUUUAUUGUGCUUUGAAGUAAUUCACAUACAAAAAUAAUUUGCCUGAGCUCUAACCAGCACUAGCAUGAAUCUGGAGUCAUCCUAGUACAUUUAUUUAUCUCAUGAAAAGUGUCAUCCAUAAAAUCCUUUAAAUUAUUUUUUCUGACACAAGCUACAGUGGAGUUACUUGUUUCAAUCUAAACAACAGAUUCCCAUUGUGCUUCUGUAAUUUCUACCCUACAGUUGUCUUACUGCCUGUUCUUGAAUUUGUGGAUCCAUUGUUGAACUCUUGCAUCAGUAAUUUAUUAGACACUGAAAUAAGUCCUUUUAGGGUGCAAUCCUAUGCAUGUUCAGAUGCAAAACAGUCCUAAAACUUCCAACAUUCCCCAGCUAGUCAUGCAGCUAAGAUUUGUUAACAGACUCUUCAAAGGGAUUAGAGCUAAUGCUUUUUAAACAUUCCUGUUUAGAACACUGAAAUGGAACAAGCUAAUCUCAACUCUAUUAUGACAUUUCUUAAUAUUGUAAUAAGUCUCCAAUAUAGAGAACCUUUUGUGAAAUAAAAAUUGUGUUUUUUUUCCCUAUUCCCUUUCGGUUAUGUCUUUUAGACUGUAAACCAGUGGACAGGGAGUGUUGUUUGUUACUGUUUUUAUUGCUCUCAUGUAAAGCACUCUGGGAGCCUUUUUAGCU